CUUGGCUCCCGCUCCCCAGUGAGCAGCAUCAGGCAGAGGGCGAUGUCUGCUGGGGCCCGCCGCGGUCCCCAAGGCGGUCCCCGGAGGAACCGGGCGMAGCAUUUCGCUCCCCUCUGGUGUUUCUCGGUCGGGUUGGGGAUGCUGUGGACCCCUGCCUCACAGGCGUUCAACUUGGACGUGGACAAACUCACCGUGUACAGCGGCCCAAACGGCAGCUACUUCGGCUACGCAGUGGACUUCCACAUACCUGAUGCUCGCACAGCAAGUGUCUUGGUGGGGGCACCCAAAGCCAACACCAGCCAGCCGGAUAUCAUGGAAGGGGGAGCCGUCUAUUACUGCCCUUGGCCGGUGGAAGGAUCUGCACAGUGCAAGCAGAUACCGUUUGACACCACCAACAACAGAAAGAUCAGAGUUAAUGGAACCAAAGAACCUAUAGAGUUUAAAUCGAAUCAGUGGUUUGGAGCAACAGUGAAAGCUCACAAAGGGAAAGUUGUGGCCUGUGCUCCUUUAUAUCACUGGAGGACUCUUAAACCAACACCAGAAAAAGACCCGGUUGGCACUUGCUACGUGGCAAUUCAGAAUUUCAGUGCCUAUGCUGAGUACUCCCCUUGUCGGAACAGCAAUGCCGAUCCUGAAGGCCAAGGUUACUGCCAAGCAGGAUUUAGUCUGGAUUUUUAUAAGAAUGGAGACCUCGUUGUCGGAGGACCUGGAAGUUUUUACUGGCAAGGUCAAGUGAUCACCGCCAGCAUUGCAGACAUUAUCGCAAAUUACUCAUUCAAGGAUAUUCUGAGGAAACUGGCUGGAGAAAAGCAGACCGAAGUAGCUCCAGCUUCCUACGAUGAUAGUUACCUUGGAUACUCAGUUGCUGCUGGGGAAUUCACUGGAGACUCUCAGCAAGAAUUAGUUGCUGGAGUUCCAAGAGGAGCACAGAAUUUUGGAUAUGUGUCAAUCAUUAAUUCUACAGAUAUGACCUUCAUUCAGAAUUUCACUGGUGAACAGAUGGCAUCUUAUUUUGGUUAUAGUGUUGUCGUAUCGGAUGUUAACAAUGAUGGGAUGGAUGACAUAUUGAUUGGGGCACCCCUCUUUAUGGAACGUGAAUUUGAGAGUAACCCUAGAGAAGUAGGGCAAGUCUACCUGUAUUUGCAAGUGAGUGCCCUCCUCUUCCAAGACCCACAGGUCCUCACAGGCACUGAGAUUUUUGGAAGAUUUGGAAGUGCUAUUGCACACUUAGGGGACCUGAACCAGGAUGGAUACAAUGACAUCGCCAUUGGUGUGCCCUUUGCAGGCAAGGAUCAAAGAGGCCAAGUGCUCAUUUACAAUGGGAAUGAGAAUGGCUUGAACACCAGAGCGUCCCAGAUUCUGCAAGGAGCGUGGGCCUCCCAGACCAUCCCUUCCGGAUUUGGCUUUUCUUUAAGAGGAGAUUCAGACAUAGACAAGAAUGAUUACCCAGAUUUACUUGUGGGUGCAUUUGGAACAGGAAAAGUAGCUGUUUACAGAGCAAGGCCAGUUGUGACUGUGGAUGCCCAGCUUCUGCUGCACCCAGUGAUUAUCAAUAUUGACAAUAAAACUUGCCAGAUUCCAGAAUCUUUGACACCUGUGGCCUGCUUUUCUUUAAGAGUGUGUGCAUCUGUAGCAGGUCAGAGCAUUUCAAACACAAUAGCCUUGACAGCUGAGGUGCAGUUAGAUUCCCUGAAACAGAAAGGAGCCAUUAAAAGAACACUCUUCCUGCGUAACCAUCAGCCCCAUCUCCUCUUCCCUCUGGUGAUAAAGCGUCAGAAAUCCCUCCAGUGCCAGGAUUUGGUCGUUUACCUUCGAGAUGAAACAGAAUUCCGAGAUAAAUUAUCUCCGAUCAACAUUAGUUUGAAUUACAGCUUGGAUGAAUCCACCUUUAAAGAAGGCCUGGAAGUGAACCCAAUACUGAACCACUACAAGGACAAUGUCGUUACUGAGCAGGCUCACAUCCUGGUGGACUGUGGAGAUGAUAAUCUGUGUGUUCCUGACUUGAAGCUGUCGGCUAGACCAGAUAAGCACCAGAUUAUCAUUGGAGAUGAAAAUCACCUUAUGAUCAUAAUAAAUGCAAGAAAUGAAGGGGAAGGGGCCUAUGAAGCAGAACUCUUUGUAAUGAUACCCGAAGAGGCGGAUUAUGUUGGCAUUGAACGUAACAACAAGGUUUUGCGGCCACUGAGCUGUGAGUACAAGAUGGAAAAUGUGACCAGGAUGGUGGUGUGUGACCUUGGGAACCCUAUGGCGSCUGGAACAAAUUAUUCUCUGGGCCUCCGGUUUGCAGUUCCACKUCUUGAGAAAACCAACAUGAGCAUUAACUUCGAUCUCCAAAUCAGAAGUUCCAACAAGGACAAUCCAGACAGCAAUUUUGUGAGUUUGCAGAUCAACAUCACUGCUGUAGCUCAAGUAGAAAUAAGAGGAGUAUCCCACCCUCCGCAGAUCAUUCUGCCCAUUCAUAACUGGGAACCGGAAAUGGAGCCCCACAAAGAAGAUGAAGUUGGACCAUUGGUGGAGCAUAUUUAUGAGCUGCACAAUAUUGGACCAAGUACCAUCAGUGACACCAUUCUGGAGGUGGGCUGGCCAUUCUCUGCACGGGAUGAGUUUCUCCUUUAUAUUUUUCAUAUUCAAACUCUGGGACCUCUUCGGUGUCAAACAAGUCCUGAUAUCAACCCACAAGAUAUAAAGCCUGCAGCCUCCCCAGAGGACACCCCUGAGCUCAGYGCCUUUCUGCGAAACUCUACCAUUCCUCAUCUUGUCAGGAAGCGGGAUGUGCCUGGUGUCCAGCUCCACAGACAGACUCCCACAAAAAUACUGAAUUGUACAAAUAUCGAGUGUUUGCAAAUCUCCUGUGUAGUGGGACGACUAGAAGGAGGAGAGAGUGCAGUUCUCAAGGUCAGAUCUCGACUGUGGGCCCACACGUUCCUCCAGAGAAAAAAUGAUCCCUAUGCUCUUGCAUCCCUGGUGUCCUUUGAAGUUAAGAAGAUGCCUUAUAAAGAUCAGCCAGCUAAACUCCCAGAAGGAAACAUAGCAAUUAAGACCUCAGUUAUUUGGGCAACCCCAAAUGUAUCCUUCUCCAUCCCACUGUGGGUCAUAAUACUAGCAAUACUUCUUGGAUUGUUGGUUCUGGCCAUUUUAACCUUAGCUUUAUGGAAGUGCGGGUUCUUUGACAGAGCAAGACCUCCUCAGGAUGAUAUGGCUGACAGGGAACAGCUGACCAGUGACAAAACUCCUGAGGCAUGACAAGGAAAAGCAAUGACCAAAAACCCAAACACUGAUCCUGUUCAAAGAAAAGAAAGGACAUAAGGGCUAAAUAAAGGCUUUCCUGUACCUGCCAGUGACCUAGGAAAUGUAGGGCCCCUGAGAUUAUCACCUCAUCUKCUCCACACUUUAGGAAAGUUUCCAUAGAGCCCGGAAAACCUUCUGGAACCAGGAGAUGCCUACACUGUAGAAGCAAUCAGCAUCAUGGAAGAUUUCUUUUGCUUUCCUCAUUCCAUAUUUGACAGACAUUUUGAAAUGGUUCAAAUGGGAAUGAGAAUUCAAGUUGUUGUCCAGGUCAAUCCAACUUGAGUUGCAAAGUCGAAAUGUCAGAAUCACUAUAGAAUUGGGGUGAACUAAGACUGAACUGUACAACACUACUGUAUCCAAUGGAAUAUCUGACAUCUCCCUAUGGAAAAGAAACAUUUUGAAUGAAGUGAUGGCUCAGGGAGAUACGCAAUAGUUGUCGGUACUGUGAAAGUACUUUUGAAAUGACAAAGAUCAUUCUGUAAGCGGGGAGAAAUUUUUAUUUAUUUAUUUUCCAUUUCUCUAAGUUCAGAUUCUGGUUGUCUAGAGGAUUUGGAAAUUAAGAUUUGGUUAGCUAGUUUUCUGAAUCGCUCACCUCUUUUCCUCCCAUGAUAACCACUUUGUGCAGUAACAUUAACAGACCAUAUUAAGAAAAAGCAAAUUGAUAUUAGAAGUUUGUUUUAUUUAAUAUUUUCCUGCCUCAUACCAGAAAUCACUACUAUUCACACUCUCUGAAACUCACAGCUGCUUCAUUUAGCCUAACAAAAAUGUUGGCAUUUUUAUUUCCUUUCAUAUAUAUAUAUAUUUUUUUUUUUAAAUAUUUCCACUCACUUAGUUGAUACAUGAUUUUCGAGGUACUCAUCACACUAUGUGGUGUUUUAAAGUAAUGGUAAAAUUUCUAGAGUCCAUUAAUAAAAAAGAAAUUUAACAAUAUGGAUAAACAUAAUUUUUAAUAGCUAUAACAAGCAACACCAAUAUUUACCUUAGGAUUAAAUACCUGUUUUCCCUGCUAUACUUCAUGCUUGUAUACACAGAGAAAACAUGUUGAAGACAAAUAGGAUGGAAACAUAUAAGUUAUAUAGAUGUGAGACACACCUAGAAAACUAAUUCCUAAAGAUUUUAUUUAAAGUUGCUUAUUCCAACUUUAUUAUUCAUCUUUUGCUAAUCUUUAUAGUAUAUAACC